CAGAGAACAGUGCUCAUGCAUUAUCAUAAUAACAUGUGGUGGUCUUCAAGAAAGGCUCUUCAAUGGCGGCCUCCAUAUUUUACUUGGGUUUCGGUUCUCUUGCUUUUCAUCAUCCCUUUUGCUGUGAUCUUAUCAGGCACUGCCUCUUCAUCCUUUUCGCUGUUUUGGGGCUACCGCACGUGGAGAACUAGAGGGAUUCUGAGUCCUACUUCCCUCACCAAUGCUGCGUUGAAUGCUAAGCAGGACGAUGAACGUUUCAAUAUUGUAAAAGAAAUACCUCAUCAGCCUCCCUCUAACCGCAGCAGCUCUUCUGUGCAUCAAAAUGGCUCCUUCAAUCACCAGAAUCUGCUUCAACCUUCUCCUGCAGAAGGCGAGGAAGAAGGAAAGAAUGGGAAGGAGGAGCUGGAGAGUAAAGGAGGGCAUGGCAGAAACAGUACAAGUGAAGUUGCAGUUAAGAGGUAUAGCAAGAGAGAAAGAGUGGAAGCCGUUUUGGCUAAAGCCAGGUCUGCCAUUAGAGAAGCUGCUAGAAAUGGCAGUAUGAUAUCUACCCACCAUGACCCUGAUUACGUUCCCCAAGGCCCCAUCUAUCACAAUGCCAACGCCUUCCACAGGAGUUACUUGGAGAUGGAAAAGGAGUUCAAGAUAUAUGUAUACUCAGAAGGGGAGCCUCCAAUCUUUCACAAUGGACCCUGCAGGAGCAUAUACUCUACAGAAGGCAGGUUCAUUCACCAAAUGGAAAAGGGAAACUUGUUCAGAACUAAAGAUCCAGACGAGGCGUUGGUGUAUUUCCUGCCGUUCAGUGUGGUGGUAAUGGUUCGGUAUCUUUACGUCCCUGGCGCCCAUGACAUGCACCCCAUCGGCCGGACCAUCGCCGACUAUAUCAACGUUAUUUCUUCCGCACAUCCCUUCUGGAAUCGAAGCCUCGGCCUCGAUCACUUCAUGCUCUCUUGCCAUGACUGGGGGCCGUAUUCAACAACGUACGUUCCGAAUCUGUUCAACAACUCAAUCAGAGUAUUAUGCAACGCAAAUACCUCCGAAGGCUUUAAUCCCCGGAAAGACGUCUCGUUACCGGAAAUCAACCUCAAGACCGGCGAGAUCUUCGGACUCCUCGGCGGGCCCUCCCCCUCCAGGCGCUCCAUCCUGGCCUUCUUCGCCGGAGGUCUACACGGACACAUUAGGCACCUUCUCCUAGACCGUUGGAAAGGCAAAGACGAAGACAUCCUAGUGUACGAAAAGCUCCCCGGCGGCGGCCCUUCCUACGAGUCGAUGCUGAAAAAUAGCCGGUACUGUUUAUGUCCGAGCGGGUACGAAGUGGCCAGCCCGAGAAUCGUGGAGGCGAUCUAUGCGGAAUGCGUUCCGGUGUUGAUUUCGGACGGGUACGUGCCCCCUUUCAGCGAUGUUCUGAACUGGAAAGCGUUCUCGGUGACGGUGGAGGUUAAAGAUAUUGAGAACUUGAAGACGAUUCUGAUGGGGAUUUCUCAGAGACAGUAUCUGAGGAUGCACAGGAGAGUUAAACAGGUGCAGAGGCACUUCGUGAUCAACGGACCUCCCAAGAGAUUUGAUCUGUUUCACAUGAUUGUUCACUCGAUCUGGCUCAGGAGAUUGAAUGUUCGAGUUCACGAUAGAUGAACUUUUGAUUAUUUCAAUUCUACUCCCAUUUUCGAUUACCUGUUCCCUAGUUUCUUUGCCUAGAUUUUCAUUUCUUCAAGAACAAAUUGGAGAAUUUCUAGGGUAAAUGAAAAUGCAAUGUUUGUUCAAA